CGCAAUUGCUGACUGAAACCGACAGGACUCGCGCGGCACAUUCACCUCGACCGACACCUCGCAGUCGUGCGCUUCACCGAAAUUGGAAAGUGCGAUCCUAAUCUCGGACGAGCUCUCGUCCGUGCGACUGAUGUUCCGCAAUGUGAGACAAAAUUUCUCCGGCGCAACGAUAAGAAGAGCGGUCGCAUCUUUUUUUUUUUUUCAAUGAUACUUCAGAGGCCGCAAUAAACGUGUGUCUUUAAGUGCCCGAUAUGUAUAUAUAUAUAUAAACACUGGAAACUUCACCUAGCGAUUACUACUGAAGAAGCUGUUAUCGCGUAUCGCGACGAAGAUUUGUUUUCAAGCUUGCAAACGAGAAGAGCAGUCACGCGCGCGCACGUGAGAAGAUAGCUUUAAAACACUAGUCAAAUAUUUAAACGGCCUUAUAAUAUAGUUUCGAAUAGAGUUAGUCUAGUUUUUUUGUGAGAACAAGUGUCAAUUGUGUCACACGCGUGCCAAUCGAAAAAACGGAACAUCGAAAUAGUGAAUAAUAAUAUCGUGAAAUCGCGAACGCGUAGACGCACAAAGCGACCGGCAAAAUGCAUUCCAUGCGCGCGCACCGAGCGUUGUGCAAACACAAAACUGCAUUGCGAAUAUGGAAGAUCGCCACGAGCAGCUUCAGCACCGAUGUGGAGUUCAAGCCGAUCAGGAGCGUUCUCGUCGCCAAUCGAGGAGAGAUCGCCAUUCGCGUGUUCCGCGCGUGCACGGAGCUCGGCAUUCGCUCCGUGGCGAUCUACUCGGAGCAGGAUAAGAUGCAGAUGCAUCGACAGAAAGCGGACGAGGGAUAUCUAGUGGGCAAGGGCUUACCUCCCGUUCAGGCGUACCUGAACAUUCCGGAAAUCAUACGGAUAGCGAAGGAGAACGACGUUGACGCGAUACAUCCCGGCUACGGGUUUCUCUCCGAGAGAUCGGAUUUCGCCCAAGCGGUGACCGACGCCGGCAUCAGAUUCAUCGGUCCCAGUCCCAAAGUUGUUCAGCAGAUGGGCGACAAGGUCGCCGCCAGACAAGCCGCCAUAGAAGCGGGGGUGCCGAUUGUGCCGGGAACCGACGGACCGGUGACGACGUCCGACGAAGCGAUGGAAUUCUGCAUGAAGCACGGUCUUCCGGUUAUCUUCAAGGCUGCUUACGGGGGUGGAGGACGAGGUAUGAGAGUCGUGAGGCAAAUGGAAGAAGUUCGCGAGAUGUUCGAUCGCGCGUCUUCCGAAGCGGCGGCCGCUUUCGGAAACGGCGCGAUGUUCAUCGAGAAGUUCAUCGAGAGGCCGCGCCACAUCGAGGUCCAAUUGCUCGGAGAUCACGCCGGCAAUGUCGUGCACUUGUACGAGCGCGACUGCUCCGUGCAGAGGCGUCAUCAAAAGGUAGUCGAGAUUGCGCCAGCUCCGUCACUGUCGUCUAAGAUACGCGAGAAAAUGACCGAAUACGCGGUCAAGUUGGCGAAGCACGUCGGCUACGCGAACGCCGGCACGGUUGAAUUCCUGGCCGACGAAUCCGGGAAUUUCUACUUCAUUGAGGUGAACGCCAGGCUGCAGGUCGAGCACACGGUGACCGAGGAAAUAACCGGAAUCGAUCUCGUGCAGUCUCAAAUUCGCAUCGCCGAAGGCAUGACGCUCCCGGAGCUCGGCAUGACGCAGGAGAAGAUCGUACCUCAGGGAUUCGCGAUCCAGUGCCGAGUGACGACGGAGGAUCCGGCGAAGAACUUCCAACCGGAUACCGGAAGAAUAGAGGUCUUCCGUUCGGGCGAAGGUAUGGGUAUUCGGUUGGACGGAGCUUCCGCCUUCGCCGGUGCCAUUAUCUCGCCGUACUACGACUCGCUUCUCGUCAAGGUAAUUGCGCACGCAAGCGAUCUUCAAGCGUCCUGCGCGAAGAUGAACCGGGCGCUCCGCGAGUUUCGCGUGCGCGGUGUAAAGACGAACAUUCCCUUCCUGCUGAACGUCCUCGAGAAUCAGAAGUUCCUCAACGGCGUCGUCGAUACGUACUUCAUCGACGAGAACCCGCAGCUCUUCCGGUUCCAACCGAGCCAGAAUCGAGCGCAGAAGCUGCUCAAUUACAUCGGCUCGGUUCUGGUGAACGGCCCGAGCACGCCGUUGGCCACUCAGCUUAAACCGGCGGACAUUAAACCGCAUAUUCCUCAGAUCGCUUUAGACUUUGCUAAGCUUGCAGCUGCCGAAGACACCAAUGAUCCUGACACACCAGGAAUUUUGGAUCCUCCGGCAGGAUUCCGUCGCAUUUACAAGGAACAGGGACCGGAAGCCUUCGCCAAGGCUGUUAGACAACACAAAGGUCUCCUCUUGAUGGACACCACGUUCCGCGACGCUCACCAAUCUCUUCUUGCAACUCGCGUGCGAUCGCACGAUCUCCUGAUGAUCUCUCCCUUCGUCGCUCACAAAUUCAACAAUCUUUACUCGCUAGAGAACUGGGGCGGCGCAACUUUUGAUGUGGCUUUGAGAUUUCUCCACGAGUGUCCGUGGGAAAGACUCGAGGAUAUGCGCAAGGCCAUCCCGAAUAUCCCGUUCCAAAUGCUGCUAAGAGGCGCGAACGCCGUCGGCUACACCAACUAUCCCGACAACGUUGUCUUCAAGUUCUGCGAACUAGCCGUGAAGACCGGCAUGGACAUCUUCCGGGUGUUCGACUCGUUGAAUUACCUGCCGAAUCUUAUCGUCGGUAUGGAAGCCGCUGGAAAGGCCGGAGGUAUCGUCGAAGCGGCGAUUUCCUACACGGGCGACGUGAGCGAUCCGAAUCGCACCAAGUACAAUCUGAAGUAUUACACCGAUCUGGCGGACGAGCUAGUCAAAGCGGGCACCCACGUCCUCGCGAUCAAGGACAUGGCCGGUUUGCUGAAACCGAAAGCGGCCGAGAUGCUGAUCGACGCGAUCAGACAGAGACAUCCGGACGUGCCUCUUCAUAUUCACACGCACGAUACCGCCGGUGCCGGAGUGGCGUCCAUGUUGGCGUGCGCGAAGAGCGGAGCCGACGUGGUGGACGUCGCCGUCGACAGUAUGUCUGGCAUGACCAGUCAGCCUUCUAUGGGAGCUGUCGUGGCUUCUCUUCAAGGAACGGAUCUGGACACAAAGCUGGAUCUUCCCGACAUUUCCGAAUACUCCGCGUACUGGGAACAGACGAGAACGCUCUACGCGCCGUUCGAGUGCACGACAACGAUGAAGUCCGGAAACGCCGACGUUUACCUCAACGAGAUCCCCGGCGGCCAAUACACGAAUCUGCAAUUCCAGGCCUACUCGCUCGGUCUGGGCGAGUUCUUCGAGGACGUGAAGAAGGCAUACAGAGAGGCUAAUCUCCUGCUCGGUGACAUCAUCAAAGUCACGCCCAGUUCCAAAGUGGUCGGUGAUCUGGCGCAGUUCAUGGUUCAGAACAAGUUGACCGCCGACGACGUUCUGAAGAAGGCCGAGGAAUUGUCGUUCCCGAAGUCCGUGGUCGAGUUUCUUCAAGGCGCUAUCGGCGAGCCUCACGGAGGUUUCCCCGAGCCUCUCAGAUCGAAGGUUCUCAAGGACAUACCGCGCAUUCAGGGCAGACCAGGCGCGAGUCUGGCACCGCUCGACUUCCCCGCUCUGAAGAAGGAGCUGCAAGAAUCUCAUCCUCACGUAUCCGAAAAGGACGUCAUGUCGGCCGCGCUCUAUCUUCAAGUAACAAAGGACUACUUGAGUUUCAAGGAGAGAUACGGUCCGGUGGAUAAACUGGAGACUAAAAUCUUCCUCACGGGACCGAAAGUGGGCGAGGUGUUCGACGUGACAAUCGAGAAGGGUAAGACUCUUGCCAUCAAGACUCUUGCGGUUGCCGAGGAUCUCACGAAAAAUGGCGAGCGAGAGGUGUUCUUCGAGAUGAACGGCCAAUUGAGAUCCGUAUUCAUCAAAGACAAAGAAGCCGUUAAGGAGCUUCACGUACAUCCGAAAGCGGCGAAGGGUGACGCCAAUCAGCUGGGAGCGCCGAUGCCCGGCGAGGUAAUCGACAUCAGGGUGAAAGUGGGCGAUACAGUGGAAAAAGGCGCGCCCUUGAUCGUGUUGUCCGCUAUGAAGAUGGAGAUGGUGGUUCAAGCGCCCAAAGCGGGAAAGAUCAAGAGUCUAGACAUCACUCUGGGGAUGAGACUGGAGGGAGAGGAUCUUCUGUUGACGUUCGAAUAGACGAUCUUGUGUCCGAUUCAUCGUAAAAUCCGGAAAUAAAUUAGCAAUUUCUUCGGUAAAGAUGAGACGUUUGCCGCAGAGACUGUCGUUUCACUACGUUAAACGACAAGAUCUUCGAAAAUCUUUGCCGUGUCGAGGCUUUCGUCGAAUGUUAUGUUAGCAUUCUUUCGACGAUGAUCGCCGUCUUGUUCAGAAUCGUCAAUUACUAUGUACGUAGUUGAUUCUUUGUCGUCCACGGGAGUUCGUCACACUAUGUGUGUACACGUUUUCCUAAUUAAUUUUUAAUUGCUAAUUCUUAGAGAUCGUGCAUGUCGCGCAGAAUCAAAUCUUUGAGAAUGUUCGAAAACUCAGCGGACGCAAAAAAAAAUGUGCAAGUAGCUAUAAAAGUUGCUGAUACAAAAGUAGAAUUCGUCUUCUGUAGACAAUAACACACCGUCGAGUUUACCAAAAGAUGAAAUGUUUACAUGGUACAAAUUACUUCUCCAAAAUGGUCAUUAAAUGAUCUCGUUUCGGAGAAAGAAACGUUUCGAUCGCAUCCUGUAAAUAUUAAUGUGAUGUCAAACGAAGCUGCCUAAGAGAUCAAGUAAUUAUACAAACUGAAGUUUCGAUUCGAUAAAUAAAAGUAACAGAAAUGUCAUGAACUUCGCGUACUUCGAUUUUUCUACACAAUCAUCAAUUAAUAAAAUAUAAAUUUGGGAAUAAAAAAUUUUUUACCUUAUCUUAUAAACGACCAUUUAUAAGACAUGAUUAUUUCUCGUUUUGAAUUAUGUUCUAAUACGUAUAAAGCACGUACAGAGUAUGUAAAAUCAUAAUGAAAAUCUCUAACACACACAGAAAUUUUGUAUAAACGCCGAUUAUUAUCGUCGCCGUUGUUCGUCUUAUCUGUUUGUAAUGAGUUAUGUACAAAAAAAGCGAAAAAAAAGAAACCAGGCAUCUUCUUCAGCUCGAUUCUAUAUUAAUUAUAGCGUGUAUGCAUAAGCGAUUACCUUGAUAAUUUAAUUACGAUACCGAGAACGCGAAGUUAAGCCUUCACGAACGGGUUAGCAAAUGCGUAGAAAAAAAUCAUUCACAGGGAACAAAGACGAGAAUAAUCCUGAGAAGCCUUGUCUUUGUGCCGUCAAGGUCAAGAUCAAAUAUUACAUUUGAUUCAAAUGUUAUAAAUUGAAAAUUAGACAUUCAAAUAUCUUUUAUCUCGAUAAAAAAA